CACAUACCUGCCAUCAAUGUCUAUGCAUUUGAUAUGUAUGAAACAAGAAGGCUACUUUUUAGGGUUGUGGAGCAAUGUUCCAGCAAAGAUCUUACUACUGCAGUGUUAAUUUUGUACUACUGCGCUCAGAAAAAUUGGUCGUUUGUGAACAUUUUAAAAUUGUGCAGAAGCUUGGUAAAUUAUACCAAGAGCCGGCAGGUCAGAAAGGUAAUAAUUGGAACUUUAAAAACUAUACUGGCCAACAGAAAUGAAUCAUUCUGGUCUGUCUAUUUCGUUGUGCUUGAUGCGAUGGAAGAACCUCAGUUCCAUCUUGUGGAGCCAGUACUGCCAAGAAUUAAUAUUCUUUUGGAUGAAUUUUUGAAGCUGGACCAAGUCGGUGACAAAACUUUUUAUUGGGAAUGGAUUGAAGUAUUAUUGGCUAAAGGUCUUCUUCAUCCUAAUGGCUGGAUUCGGAACUGGACAAUAAUGAGGAUUAUUUCUAUUGAUCCGAAUGAUUUCCUGUUCAGUCAGUCAGUAUCUGUCAACCCAGCAAAAUUUUUUGUUACUCCGUCUACAUUAUUUUACCAAUUUUGGUGUUCUCGUUUACUGUUGGCAGACUCUUUGCGGUUUAGCUUUCUUAUGAUCAUUUAUCAGAUUCUAUUGCAGGAAAAUCGUGAAGUUGUUUACCACUGGUGUCUCAAAAAAAUUACCGACACAGCACAACAGUAUUCAGUGAAACUUUUGGAGGAAUGGAUUUUAAUAAAAUUGUUGUGUACGCAACCGAAGCUAAUUGAAGACUUCACUAAUCAGGAACGAACGGAUACAAUUUCCUUCUGUUUCCAAUCUUUUUUGCCGUGGUGUACUGCACAGAAUUUUUCAAUUCGUUGCUCUGCUAUUGCUGCUUUACGGUGCUUGUGGGUUAGUUCAUCCGCAUUACUUCGUGAAAAUUCGGAGCACAUAAGAAGGGUUAUCACCUUUGACGCAGAACCGGCAGGGAAUGCUAGACGUAUUGUAGAAACGCUCUGCAACGACUUUUAUUUCUCGGUGUUUCACCCUGAAGAAAAUUACAAUUUGCAAGUUAUAUGUGACAUAUUUCCGCGUAAAACAGGGUUACCAGACGAAGAAACAAUCCCGCCAACUAUUUUUCCAGAUGUUUUUUUUAUAAACGAAGUUCCUUUUGUUCUUUAUGAAGCUAGUGGUACUCUGGAAGCAGCCCCAUCGUUGGUAUUCUCAGUAAAAUUCUCCUUCAAUUGUGCAUGUUUUGCAAAACGAUCUGAUAAACAAAGCCUAUUAAAUUUCACUGCUCAGAAAGAGUUGGGCGACUUAUCCGGUGAUGAUGUGCAAAGGAAACUCUGUGCCGCAAGAGGCAAAUGGCGGAGACCUGAAGGAAAAUCGUUGGUUGUGGUUGCAUCACUGGUCAGCAAGGCAACUAAUUUAGGAGGUCUCUGUCGGACCUGUGAAGUUUUUGGCGUCGAGAAACUUGUUAUUGCCGACUUGAAUGUAUUAAAUGAUCAGAACUUUAAAGCGUUAAGCACUUCUUCUGAGAAGUGGGUUGAUUUCGUAAAACCUAGUGAAUUAAUCGAUUACUUGAAAACUCAACGUGAUCAAGGAUAUACGAUAAUUGCUGCAGAACAAUCAACAGGGAGCGUUUACUUUAACAACUUCAAGUAUCCAAAGAAGUGGACAGAAUCUUGUUUUAGAGACGAGAGAGAAGGUAUACCUGUGCACUUGAUUCGGUUUGUGGACAGUACAGUUGAAAUACCUCAAACCGGUCAAACUCGUAGCUUAAACGUUCAUGUUACGGGGGCAUUAUUCAUUGAGAAAUACGCAGAGGCUCAUUAUUUCUGA